CUCUCGGCGGAGGUCGGAGCGUGGGCUUCCUCCUCCCGCCAGGGAAAACAGAGAGAAUGAAAGCCUACCUCAAGAGCGCUGAAGGCUUCUUUGUCCUAAAUAAAAGCACCACAAUUGGAAGGCAUGAAGAUUCUGACCUUGUUUUAGAGUCUCCGGACGUCGACAACCACCACGCGCUCAUCGAGUUCAGCGAGGCGGAGGGCAGCUUCGUGCUCCAGGACUUCAACUCCCGCCACGGCACGUUUGUCAACGAGUGCCACGUGCAGAAUGUGGCCGUGAAGCUCACGCCGGGAGACGUCCUGCGGUUCGGGUCUGCGGGGCUGACCUACGAACUGGUCGUCGAAAACUCCCCGCCGGUCUCCCACCCAUGGACAAAGGGCCCAGCACUGUGGCCAAGACCACAACCUCCUCAGGCCACACAGCUGCUGAACCAGGCCCCCUCACCACCGCGAAUCCCCUUCCACCAGGGCGCCCGGCCAGCGCCUGUGCAAAGAAGCUGGUCCCAGGCCUUCCCCAGGCCCACCGUGGUCCCUCCCACCGCCGACGGUCGGCCCCUGAGCGCCAGCGGGCACAUGUUCCCAUUCAUGGUGGACGGCGCGUGCAAGUUCCCCGUCAUCAGGCAGGUGUGGACCAGUGCUAUGGAGCUGUCGGAACAAUCUGUGGCCGAGGGAAUUCCUGGGGCAGUUCCCCCCACGGAGAUCUAUGUAGGGCAUGACCUGGCCCAGCAGGACAAGGAUGAAAUCAUUCUGCUGCUGGGACAAGAGGUCAGCCGGCUCUCGGAUUUUGAAAUUGAGUCCAAAUACAAAGACGCCGUGAUCGCAAACCUGCAGAACGAAGUGGCGGAACUCAGUUGGAAGCUGUCGGAGUCCACCUCCUCCAGGCAGACCGAGAAGAAGAUCUCGCAGAAGUUUCAGGUUCUAGACGAAGACACUGACGACAAGCAGAAAGAGAUCCAGAGCCUGAAAGACCAGAUCAGUGCCCUACAAAAAGGCUACAGCCAGGUGCUGUGCCAGACCCUGUCGGAGCGGAACUCAGAAAUCACAUCCCUGAAGAGCGAGGGCGAGAACUUGAAGAGGAGCAACGCCAUCACGUCAGAGAUGGUGUCAUCUUUGCAGAAAGACGUGUUAGCAAGGACCGAGCAAGUUCAACAACUAAAAGAGGAGGUCAGUCAACUAAAAAGUCAGAACAAAGAGAAGGAUCAGCAGCUGGAAGCCCUUGGCACUAGGUGCUCAGCGCUAAAAGAAGAGUUAAAAAAGGAAGGUGGUCACAAGGAGCACAGGGAGGCCCAAGAGAAGGAGUUGACUCUCUGCAAAGCCCAAAUCCAAGACAUGGAGAGAGAAAUGAAGAGGCUCAGGGAGGAACUGAGGAAGAGUUGUACGGAGCAGAGCGUACGGACUCUGCGGGAGAAGGGCAAGGUCGAAGAGAAGCUUCAGGAAGAUUCCAGAAGGAAAUUGCUUCAGCUGCAAGCGAUGGGGAACAGAGAGAGCCUCAUAAAAAUCAAUUUGGAAAGGGCAGUAGGUCAGCUGGAGCAUUUCCGAAGUCAAGUCAUCAAGGCCACCUACGGAUGGGCAAAGCCAUUCCCAGACAAGCCUGUCACGGACCAGCAGUUGAUAGAGAAAAUUACCCAGGUCACAGAGGACAACAUCAACUUUCAGCAGAAAAGGUGGAACCUGCAAAAGGAGACCCAGCUCAGCAACUCCAGGCAGGAGGAGACCGCCGACAACAUUGAGAAACUGAGGACAUUGCUGGACAGCUGCCAGGCAUGCAUGAAAACGUCCUCCUGCAGCGGCGACCUGCGGAGGGAGGUAGACCUGCUUAGGCGCCUGCAGGUGAGCGACCCCGUCUCAGGGCUCCAGGAGGUGGCGCUGGGCAUCCUGAGGCUGGCGCUGUCCUGGCUGGAGGAGACGGAGCAGCUGCUUGGGGACCUCGGGAUCCACGUUCCCCGCCCUGACACAGACAAUGUGCACGUGAGACAGGAGUUAGCAGAAAAAGCAUAUGAUGCAUUCUUAGAACAGCGAAAUGGAAAGUUCUCAUCCCAAGAUGAUUACAUGCACCGAAUAGAGACGACCCUGAUCGAAGGUCCCCCUUCACUUAUUCCUGUCCCCAGCAGGAGUGUUUUCUCCCAUGCAGUCAGCCCCCGGUCCUCCCCUCUCCUCUACUUCUUCAUGAAGAAACUCUCCACUUCAGGGCUUCUGCUGUCACUCUUAUGCGUGUCAUCCAGAGGACAUCCCCGCAGGCAGUGUGACCCUGCCCCAUGUCCCUCCACCGUCUACUCCUUCUUCCCUGAUCUGCCCAGCCAAG